GAGCGCUGGGUCCUUGGGGAUUGUGACUACAAGAUGGAAAAGUAGACAGUGGUGAUCAUUAACUGGUCCUCUUUCCUCCCAGACUCUUACCCAAGACUUCAUAGAGAAGCUACUUUCCUAAAGUCCCUCGUGAAGUUGGUGCCCUGAACCUGAUACAGAGAGACGGCUGACCUGCUGUUUUGAUGGCCACAUCUUCGUGUCCCCUUCCAUCUCAGGCGGUCCUGCAGCCCUCCAUCCAUGACCUGUCCCAAAUAACCAGCAGCCUUUACAUCAGUAACGGUGUGGCUGCCAACAACAAACACAUGCUGUCCAGCAAUCACAUCACGACGGUCAUCAAUGUCUCAGUAGAGGUAGUAAACACAUUCUUCGAGGACAUUCAAUAUGUACAGGUACCCGUGGCGGAUGUUCCCACUUCACACCUCUAUGACUUUUUUGACCCUAUUGCUGAUCACAUCCACAGCGUGGAAAUGAAACAGGGCCGCACGCUGCUCCACUGCGCUGCAGGGGUGAGCCGUUCAGCUGCCCUCUGCCUCGCUUAUCUCAUGAAAUACCAUGCCAUGUCCCUGCUGGACGCCCACACGUGGACCAAGUCAUGCCGGCCCAUUAUUCGGCCCAACAACGGUUUUUGGGAACAACUGAUCCAUUAUGAAUUCAAGUUGUUUAGUAAGAAUACUGUACACAUGAUUGACUCCCCAAUGGGAAUGAUCCCUGACAUCUAUGAGAAGGAAGUUGGAUUGAUGAUGACGCUGUGAGCCAUUCCAGCUAGCCCCUGACAUCGUACUGGACCCUACAUCAGGACUGAACAUGAACUUUGGCGUAUGGUUGGUAAAGAAAAUCAGAGGAGGCUUUGUAGAUGGGCAAGAAAAGGGGGAGUUGGAGUUUUUAAUGUAGUAAUUCUUAUCUUCAAAGAAUAAAAAUCAUUUGAUAUAA